UCGACCCGCUUUAGUCGAGGCGGAACUUCCGGUUGGUGGUAUAAACUAACUGAGGCCUCUCCAUGCGGUUGUGAUCUAUCGGGGCAGUCGAAGCUAACACCGAAACGACAAAUACAAUGGCUGAGAAUGACGUUGACAACGAGCUCCUUGAUUAUGAAGAGGAUGAGGAGCCUCAAGGAGCCCCCGAGAGUGCAACCCCAGCAGGCAAGAAGGAGGUGAAAGGUUCCUAUGUUUCCAUCCACAGCUCUGGUUUCAGGGAUUUUCUUCUGAAGCCGGAGCUUCUCCGCGCCAUCAUUGACUGUGGUUUUGAGCAUCCAUCUGAAGUGCAGCAUGAAUGCAUCCCACAAGCUAUCCUGGGCAUGGACAUCCUGUGCCAAGCCAAAUCUGGUAUGGGCAAGACGGCUGUGUUUGUGUUGGCCACCCUGCAACAGAUCGAACCCGUUGACGGACAGGUGUCUGUAUUAGUCAUGUGUCACACACGAGAGCUGGCCUUCCAGAUCAGCAAAGAGUACGAGCGUUUCUCCAAGUACAUGCCCACCAUAAAAGCAGCCGUAUUCUUUGGUGGCCUGCCUAUCAAGAAAGACGAGGACGUCCUGAAGAAGAACUGCCCUCACAUUGUUGUCGGAACUCCCGGCCGUAUCCUCGCCCUGAUCCGGAACAAGACGCUCAGUCUGAAGAACGUCAAGCAUUUUGUCCUGGACGAGUGUGACAAAAUGCUGGAGCAGCUAGACAUGAGGCGUGAUGUUCAGGACAUCUUCCGGAUCACACCGCAUGAGAAGCAGGUCAUGAUGUUCAGUGCAACACUGAGUAAGGAAAUCCGUCCAGUGUGCCGCAAGUUCAUGCAAGAUCCCAUGGAGGUGUUUGUGGAUGACGAGACCAAACUUACACUCCACGGCCUGCAACAGUACUACUGCAAGCUGAAGGACAGCGAGAAAAACCGCAAGCUAUUUGACCUGCUUGAUGUGUUGGAGUUCAAUCAGGUGGUGAUCUUCGUCAAGUCAGUUCAGCGCUGUGUCGCUCUGUCCCAGCUACUGGUGGAGCAAAAUUUCCCUGCCAUUGCCAUCCACAGGGGAAUGGUUCAGGAGGAAAGGCUGUCUCGCUAUCAGCAAUUCAAAGACUUCCAGCGGCGGAUCCUGGUGGCCACAAACCUGUUUGGCCGAGGGAUGGACAUUGAGCGAGUGAAUAUCGUCUUCAACUACGACAUGCCAGAAGAUUCUGACACCUAUUUGCACAGGGUUGCCCGUGCUGGUAGGUUUGGGACCAAAGGCCUGGCUAUAACCUUUGUGUCAGACGAGACUGAUGCCAAGACUCUAAACGAUGUGCAGGACCGCUUUGAAGUCAAUGUAGCCGAGCUGCCAGAUGAGAUUGACAUCUCAUCUUACAUCGAGCAGUCCAGAUGAGUCCCCGGCCAAACGGCAGUCUGCUCUUCGUGGAUCUCGUCUUGUAUUUGGAAGUAGACGUACUUCACCAUUGAUUUGAAAGCUCUGCCUUUCCUCUGUUCACCAAACGUUUAUUUUUAUUGUCAGUUUUUAGGGGGGUUUGGUUUUAAUUUGUCUUCGUUUUGCUUAAUGGAAUUAAAACUUUUUAUAAAAUGUCAUUUUACUGUUGUGGUCACUUAUGAGGAUGCUGUCUCUGCUCAGUUUUCAUUGGUUUCAGUCUCAGCAGCGACAGAGCUUCAGGGAAACUUUCAGAGGAAUAUGUGAUAGGAGUCUGUGCUUUUUCUUUAUGUCCAAGCAAGAUUUGCAUAGGAGAUGUUUUGUUUUCCUUCCCAGUACAAAAAAAGUGGCUGUUUGGCUGGUAAUCAAAAAGUUGUAAAGACACAAAUUUGGCUCAUAUGGCAGCUCUUUCUAUGGAUUUUUAACUGAAUAUCCUCCAAUAAAUGAAGUCACCACAUGAA